CAGCAGAGACAAGCCAUGUUAGAGGAUCUGAGUCAAGGAGGAGGGCCCAACCAUGAGAAGAGGAAGAUGGAGACCACAGCCCAGAACCCUGGGGAGGAGAGCAAGCUUGGUGAGGUUGUGGGGCUGCAGAAGCAGAUCUGUGACCUUGGGACAGAGCUCACAAGACAAUCAUCUUGGUGGUGUGUAGCUCACAAAGACCUCCAAAGCCAGAUCGACGCCCUGAUAAAGGAGAACCAGGAGAUCCGUGCAGAACUGAAGACCUUGAAGAAGCAGGAUGCGGAGGCCGCCAAAGCCUGUACAGGCUCGCCAGCCCCCACAAGAGCAAGCAACACUAUGCCCGUGUACAUUAGGAUAGAGGGAAUAGAUUCCGAGAGGACGACAUCAUGGGAUGAAAGGGAUGACGUGCCUUCUGGAAGUCCUCAGAACGGAAGUACAAUGGCCACCGGAGGAACAGACUCCCUGGACGAAAGACUGUCUUUUACAUCUUUAGAUGAAAAGGUUAUACACAUGUCUUCUAAAUUUCUGCGAAGAGGCUUCAGCAGAAGGUCACCAGAACCACUUUCUGACAGCACAUUCCUGGACACAGAGUCACUGGCUGAUAUCUGGUCCUCCAAUGCAGACACUUCGGAAGGUGAGCUUCUCCUGCAGGCUCGAGCAAGCAGGGCCCUCCCUUGCUUUUCCCCAAAUGCACUGUGGCUGCAGAAUCUUCCAACAAAGUCAAGAGCUCCUAAAGAAGUACCACAAACCUCAGAUACUACGAAGGAUGAUGAGACACUCGAAAAGCGACACCCAAACGGCAAGAUUUAUUAUUAUGCGGACGCUCAGACAACACACACGACCUAUCCAGAUGGGUUGGAAGUUGUGCAGUUUCCCAACAAGUGGACCGAAAAAUUCUACCCAGACGGCUCCAAGGAAACUGUGUUUCCUGAUGGGACAGUGAAACAGCUCAAGGAUGGAUGUGAGAAGACCGUGUUCCCCGAUGGGACAUUUGUGACAGUGAAAAGGAACGGAGACAAAACCAUCAUGUUCAGCAACGGACAAAAAGAAAUCCACACAGCCAGGUUCAAGCGGAGGGAAUUCCCAGAUGGCACCACCAAGACUGUGUAUUGCAAUGGCUGCCAGGAGACCAAAUACGCCUCAGGGAGGGUCAGGGUCAAAGACGAGACGGGAACUGUCAUCCUGGACUGGAAGUAGUGCCUCCAACAGACUCAAUGCCAGGCAGCAGGCUCCGAUUUCCAAAUAUAGUUUUGACCAAAACAGACAAAGCAACUCUCAUCAAUAGAUUUCCCCCUGACAAUCCUGGAGAUCACGUACACAUGAGGAGUAACGAGGCAUUCAAAAGUUGUAAAGAAAGAGACCAUGUAGCCGCCAUCUUGGGAGAGGGGUUCAGAGGAAGCAGUAGCCAGAAAGGCUACAAGGCCCCGGACACAGCUGCCAUGGCCUUGUUCAGACCGUGCCUUCUGCCAGAGUCUGGCCCUGGAGCAGAGGGUACGAGGGAAGCAGCAUAAUCACUGCCAGCUAACUCCUGGGAGCAGCCAUUAGCAACGGCCAGCUCCACGUUUUUCUUGGCCAACGCCUGCCUGCGUCUACUUCUACCCCCUCUUUAGAGUCCUCCUAAGUGGGAUCCAGGGGGAUGGAUCUUCACUGGUGCCUGAUGUAUGAAUAGACAUGAUUUAACCAUCCUCAAGUGUCUAGACAGAACCUCAUGUGGUAUUCUAUCCCGUAAAUUCACAUAAUUAUGAUCUGUCAAUCCACAAGGACAUGAGUAAAAAGCACAGAAACAUAGUGGGCGACACCCCCUCCCUGUUCCCUGUGAGUCUGUCUGCUGUCCCUCAUUUCCUGGGAGCGCUCUGCCAUGCUGUAGGAGAGAUCCCUCCCUAGCCACUUACUAGGCAGCUGCCAAUCUCAAUCAG